AUGCUUCAAAAGAAUAACAUUUUUCUGGCAAGGCAAGCUAUUUUUUUGGGAAUCACUCAACCUGAAGAGUCAUUCCACUUCAUCGUCAGCGUUGAAGAAGUCUCCACUACCCACGGUAAUUUAUGUGGACACGCGUUCGAACUUUUUUUUUCAUCCUUCUGUUUUUGUUCGUCAUUCGACAGCACCACACAGCUGACAUUGAUUCAUCUGACAUUUUCGUGCGGACACUGUUUUCAACAACAAUCAUUCAAUAGCGCUGCCCCAUUAUUCUGUUUGCUCUUCUGGGUAAUGUUUUCUCAAUGCGAUUAGACAACAUUUGACCAUAUGAGGCGACGCGAAAUAAAAUAGACAAAUGACAUCAACCCCCGAAGUGAUGUCUUCACCAAUUGUGAAACCAUCUCCGAAAAUCCAAGGGUACUCGUUAUUUCCACUGUUUGACCACCAUUUGAAUACAACUCGAAGCCCGGUGGGAAGCGAAAACAAACCAUCACAAACUUUCGAAACAAAGUGUUUCAAGCUGUUGAUGACGUUUUUAUUGCUACCUCGCCCAUCGUUCUCGCCUUGAACCGAGUCGUUCGCUGCCAUUGAAUGUAAAAACUUUUUUGUUAACUUUUGUUUUAUUGUCUCUCUUUCUGCACACAGGAUCCAAACGGCAGCGAUUGUCCACCGAAACGGACCACGACACCGGUUCCGAAUCGUCCCCGAGCAGUCCCCGUCUGAAAACGGGCCUUUUCUCGCUGCCGAUGAAGCUGUCUCCCACCCGCAAUGGACCACCGAGUUCGCCCGAGUCGGACCUGGAUGUGGACUCGGCACCGGAUGACUCCGUGGCACCGGAAAAUCUCAGCCUCAAAAAGGACAGCAGCACCCAGAAAAGCACGGAACGGGGCGGCAGCGGUGGCUCUCCACCGAUGGGCAAUGGGCUUGGGAAUGGAACCGGAAGUGCUGUUAGUAGUUUGGGAUUCUUGCCGUACCACCAGCCGCCACAGUAUCAGCACGGGUUGGGCGUAGCCGGUUCACCUACACCGUCGCGUUCCCCGGUAGAUGUUCUGCUAAGAGUAUUUCCGAAUCGCCGACGGACUGAAGUCGAGCAGCUGCUGCAGCGCUACCGAGGCGACGUUGUACAAGCAAUGGAAGCAAUGCUCUGUGGAGAUGAUGGACUUCACACCACAAUGAACAUCCCCACUCCUUCGCCGCCCUUCUCGGUGAAAUCUGCCUUCUCCCCACUGAUGCCUCCGGGAGCGUUUGGAGCACCGGCCGUCAGCCGAGGAUAUUCUUUCCUGCAGGCUCAGGCCCAUGCCAAACGAUUCCUCAGUGCGCCGUACAGCGGAACCGGUUAUUUGCCGACGGUACUGCAGGAUCCCGAGCAGCAGCAGUCAGGCGAAGGCGGUGCCAACGGCAGUUCAGCAGCGAACGGUUCAUCGUCUAAUGGCGGAGGGAAUUGCGGCGAUGGACAAGAAUAAUAUACAUUUAUUAAUUUGUAGAAAGCUGGCUGAUGUGAUGCGAUAUGCCCGCACAUGUAACAGAAUAGCUGAAAGACAUAUUGACAAAAGAUCGUACUUUUUUUUAUUUACGUUUAUCUUCAAGGAGUGAGUUUCCUUGAACAAUUUUGUGUACAGCAGUUGAGAAGUAGAUAUCAAAGCAAUCAAAAUACCGCCAAACGUUUCAAGUGAGGACCUUUACAUACGUAAGUAAAUAGUUCAAUAGUGUAUCGGAGAAGCAUAAACUUGUACAUAGAUUACCGUUGAUUAUCAUUUUACUAUCGAUUAAGUGUGGUCAUUUACGAGCAUGCUGAAGAUUGUGAAUAUUAGUAAUUUAGUAAGGAUAAAUUUACCUGUUCUCCAAUGAUAACAAAACCUAAUAUCACCAACAGUAUCAAUCAACAAUGAAAAGUAUUUAGCAAAUGUACAAGAUCAGAACCAUAUGGCAACUAUUCUUAAACACUUAUGUGCUAACCUGUUUAUGAGAAUGCUAUUUGUUUUUCAAGGGCUUGAAAAGCGAGUCUUUGGGAAAUGAAUAGCAUUCAAUUGUUUUGUGUAUAUUAAAACAAAAUAUAAUAAAUACUGAUCAACCCUCACAAGAAGAAAACAACCCGAAUACCUCGGGAUAGAAUAUCAAAUAAAACAAAUUAUGCUUACGGACAGAGUAGCCUUAAGACAUUUAUUCAAAAAAAAAGUGAAAGUGAAAUAAAGAAGGUGCCAUAAUCAU